ACUAGAAUGCCCACGGGUUAUUCAAUUAGACAUCUUAGUCUUAAGUCUGUGCCCUGUGCUAAUAACGCUAUUACAAUACCUAAGAAUCUAAUAGGUAAAUAUCUACUAAGAGGUAGGUAGGUAUGUACUACCUCAUCUGUGGCGCUACACAACGUUCAAAUCUUUAAGCAGAAGUUACUUAUCUAUCGUACGGAUUUCAAGUCUGUGUUUAUAGUAAUCCAUGUUUAACAGUUGUCAAAGAACUAUUCAAAUACGAAAAAGUAUUAAGAAACUAUCUUUUAUAUUUUAAACUUUUAUCAAAUGGAAAAUAUUAAAAAAAUGAUAGAAGUUUUACAUAUGAAAGAAGUAAUUUGUGAAAAACAGUUUGCGGAGGAGGAAAAAAAGCAAAUUGCAGAAUAUGAUUAUUUGAUUGAAACAUUACAAACUAUGGAAGACGAGAGAAAUGAAUGCAAAGAAACUUUAUCUAAAAAUCUUCAACGUAUUACAACGCAUAAGCAUUCAAUAUAUAACUUAUGUAUAAACAAUUCUGAAAACCCUAUGGCAUUACCAAUUUCCCAUGAAUACCAUCGGCAAACAGUAACAUUUUUAUCAGAAGCAAUCAAUUUUAUAAAUGGAAUACAAAAUGUGUAUAGAAAUCUUGAUAAUACCACUGAAAGGAAAAUCAAUUCUAUAGAUCUUAUUAAUGAUAUUAUGUCUUGCACAAAGUUCAUAGGAAAUGAAACAUGUAGGAUAAAAUCUUUAAUAACUGGAAUAGAAACUUUGCAAAACAAUGUAAAUGUGUUACAUAAAAACUAAUUGGUUGCAUAUAAGUUUCAGUCUAUAAUAACAUUUCAUUAGGAACUGAAAUAAAAUUUCAUAAAUUAAACAAAAUACACUUACUUGUUUUUGUCAGAAUAUUGAAAUUACUUAGCGAGUAAAUUUUUAAUAGAACAAUUUAAACAAAGUAAUUGGAAUUAUGAAUAUAAAUACCUUAAGACCAUUAACUUAUGUUUCAAACAGAAUCAGUAUCAUUGUCAUAUUAAAUUAUUAAAUCAGUAUCUUUUAAUAAAAAUUUUAUGUAUUAUAUUGUAAAUAAUACUAUAGGAUUUAAAAUAUUUAUAAUAAAUCCAUAUAAAAUCUUA